GCGCUUUUGCGACAGCAUGACGCAAGCAGGUUUUGGCGGGAAAAGCUGUGCAUUUGGAUUCCCGUGGCAGCUGGCAAAGGAGUGCUUGUCGCUGUGCUUGGAGUCAUGGCAGUGCCUUUUGUGGAAGACUGGGAUUUGGUGCAAACUUUGGGAGAAGGUGCCUAUGGAGAAGUUCAACUUGCCGUGAAUAGAAUAACUGAAGAAGCUGUUGCAGUGAAAAUUGUAGACAUGAAGAGGGCCAUAGACUGUCCAGAAAAUAUUAAGAAAGAGAUCUGCAUCAAUAAAAUGUUAAACCAUGAGAAUGUAGUGAAAUUUUAUGGCCACAGGAGGGAAGGCAAUAUCCAGUACCUGUUUCUGGAGUACUGUAGUGGAGGAGAACUUUUUGAUAGAAUAGAGCCAGACAUAGGGAUGCCUGAACAAGAUGCUCAGAGGUUCUUCCACCAACUCAUGGCAGGGGUGGUUUAUCUUCAUGGAAUUGGAAUAACUCACAGGGAUAUUAAACCAGAAAACCUUCUCUUGGAUGAAAGGGAUAACCUCAAAAUCUCUGACUUUGGCUUGGCAACAGUGUUUCGGCAUAAUAAUCGGGAACGUUUACUGAACAAGAUGUGUGGGACUUUACCUUAUGUUGCUCCAGAGCUUCUAAAGAGAAAAGAAUUUCAUGCAGAACCAGUUGAUGUUUGGUCCUGUGGAAUAGUACUUACUGCAAUGUUGGCUGGAGAAUUGCCGUGGGACCAGCCCAGUGAUAGCUGUCAGGAAUAUUCUGAUUGGAAAGAAAAAAAAACCUAUCUCAAUCCUUGGAAAAAAAUUGAUUCUGCUCCUCUGGCUUUGCUUCAUAAAAUUCUAGUUGAGAAUCCAUCAGCAAGGAUCACCAUCCCAGACAUUAAGAAAGAUAGAUGGUACAACAAACCACUUAACAGAGGAGCAAAGAGGCCACGUGCCACAUCAGGUGGUAUGUCAGAGUCUUCUAGUGGAUUCUCUAAACACAUUCAUUCCAAUUUGGACUUUUCUCCAGUAAAUAAUGGUUCCAGUGAAGAAACCAUGAAGUUCUCUAGUUCCCAGCCAGAGCCGAGGACAGGGCUUUCCUUGUGGGACACCGGUCCCUCGAACGUGGACAAACUGGUUCAGGGCAUCAGUUUUUCCCAGCCUACGUGUCCUGAGCAUAUGCUUGUAAACAGUCAGUUACUUGGUACCCCUGGAUCUUCACAGAACCCCUGGCAGCGCUUGGUCAAAAGGAUGACACGAUUCUUUACUAAAUUGGAUGCAGACAAAUCUUACCAAUGCCUGAAAGAGACCUUUGAGAAGUUGGGCUAUCAGUGGAAGAAGAGUUGUAUGAACCAGGUUACUGUAUCAACAACUGAUAGAAGAAACAAUAAGUUGAUUUUCAAAAUAAAUUUGGUAGAAAUGGAUGAGAAGAUACUGGUUGACUUCCGACUUUCUAAGGGUGAUGGAUUAGAGUUCAAGAGACACUUCCUGAAGAUUAAAGGGAAGCUCAGUGAUGUUGUGAGCAGCCAGAAGGUUUGGUUUCCUGUCACAUGAUGAAGCCGUCAGCUCUGCACAUUCCUGGUGAAUAGAGUGCUGCUAUGUGACAUUUUCUUCCUAGAGAAGGUUUUCCUAUUCUGCAAACUGCAAACAACAGUUGUUGAAGAGUUUUCUUCCCAUUACCCAAACAUCUUCUGAUUUGUAGUGUUUGGCAUACAAAUACUACUGAAUUUUAAUUGUAUGUAAUGCCUUGGGGAAAGGAUGGAUCAAAUUCAUUAGGUAUUUCUCUAGCUGUGUUUAAAUUGUCUGGAUUUGAAACCAAGUUUUGGGAUACUUGAGUUUGCCAGUUUUUAUUCCCAUGUAGUAGUAUCACUUUUGAAAAGUCAAAAGUUUGUUUCAUCGCAACCAAAAUAUUUUCUUCUCUGCCUAUUUAAUUGUAAGGAUGAAUAAACACAGACCAUGUACAGUUGAUUGGUUCAUGAAUGAGGCCAGCCAGAAAAAUGUGUAUGUUAAUGUAUGUACUAUAUUUUCAGUUUUGGUAUAUGUGCUGCACAAGGGCUUGACCAAUUAUAAAGCUUUUUUGAGUUAAAGUGCUUAAAAUUGUAAGUUUUCCCCCUGGUGUAGCUAGUCAAAUAUAAAGCCUAAUUUGGUUGAAUUUUCACAAAGUUGAACACAAGCUCUAGUGCUUAAGUGACUUUACUCUAAAAAUUGCACACUUAGACAAUUUUUUUCUACAUUCACAGCCAUAUUUUAAUUACUCUAGAAAUAAACUCUAUUUUUAAAAUCAAUAUCUACCUCUGAACUUAUUGGCCGGCCACCAAGUUUCUAGAUGACACUGACUGAAAAAGGGACGGGAGUAAGGAAAUGCAGGAGAUGACCGGAUCCUUGUUCCUCACCUUGUACACUCACAUAAACUUUGUUUUGUUCACAAAAUUUAAUUAAAAUAUGAAUAUAU